AUGUGUGGUGGAUAUAUGGCCAAAAAUAUAUGCAACACUGCGUAUGCGACGGUGCCGACAAGGUAUAAGUAUACUGGAAUAGUAUAUUGGGCAAAAAGGGAAAGGGGUGCGGAGAUCGACCAGCAGAUGCUUGUAACCCCGAAGAAAGCAAGAUGAUUGAAAAAGUGGUGUUGAUGUAUGAUGAUCAUGCUAUGGUAUUUCAAUGCGAAUGUUGUGGUGUCGGUUGGCUCUGGUCAGUCAGUCAAUGCGUGACGGUGAGCGUGAUAUGGACUCUAGAGCUCGUCGCAGUAGGGAAGGUCGUCGUCGUCGGCCGCAGGGGCGGUACCGCUGGCCGGUGCAUGAGUUGGGGA